UACUCGAAACAUUUCAUGUGCUUAUUAAACAAAACAUUAUACAUUAAUAAUAGGGAGGGUAGCCUAGGCUAUGGAAGGUGUUCCUUUAGGAGUGAGAAAAGGUGCAUGGACUGAGGAAGAAGACAACCUCCUUAAGAAGUGCAUUGAAACUAAUGGAGAAGGAAAGUGGCACCAAGUUCCUUUCAAAGCAGGAUUGAACAGAUGCAGGAAGAGUUGUAGAUUGAGAUGGUUGAACUAUCUGAGGCCCAAUAUUAAGAGAGGAAGCUUUGGGGUAGAUGAAGUUGAUCUCAUUGUUAGGCUUCAUAAGCUUCUAGGAAACAGAUGGUCGCUAAUUGCGGGCAGACUUCCAGGAAGGACAGCAAACGAUGUAAAAAACUACUGGAAUACCCACUUGCAGAAGAAGCUGAUACCUCAAAUUGAAGUGGUGAAAGUUAAGACUCCGAGGAUGAUGGAGACCAAAGCUAUACGACCUCGACCUCGAACCUUCUCAAAAAACCUAAUUUGGUUAAAAUCCAAAACAACCGCCAUAGCUAAUAUUGAAACAAGAAACAAUCUCUUCAAGCAACUAUCACCACCACUAUCGCCGCCAAGGGACGAUGGAAUAUCGUGGUGGGAAAACAUGUUUGUUGACUUGGAAAUUAACAAAGAAAUCACAUUGUCAAUUGAUGGAUCAAACGAGGAGAAAUGGCAUGAAAAGGAAACACAAGGUAUUCUGGCAAUUGGCGACAGUUCUGUUCAAGGAGAGAGUGAUUGGAAUGACAUUUUUAUUGAUAAAAUGGACCUUUGGGAUCUUUGAGGUGCUGAACAAGCAGUGGUGUAAUGUUUUCAUUGGAUAUAUAGUUUCAUCUUUUUUUACUUUUCUUUUGUCAAAUUUAUUCUUCUAUGCAAUAAAAUGAAGUUCUAGCCAACUCCUAGGGACCUAAUAGGUGCAGCUUUGGAUUUGGGACGUGCUUCAUUCA